CGUGGUGAGAUGGCUGGAGAAACGGUAAGUAAAUGCUUGCGUAGGGCUGGCUUCGAGGGUUGCAGAUCACCGGUCAAGGCGUGAACUGGGGAAGACAGGAUUAGAAACAAGACUUACUGUUUACACGCUAGGAAGGCCAGCAAUGCUCCAGACCAAUUUGACUGGGCUACGAGAUGGAUAGAUGGCGCUGCAAAGCGAAGAGGCGAUUGAGGAAAGAGAAAGCACAGUCGGAAAUUGUGCUGGAGGCCGCAUCAAAGCUUCUAAUAAAAAGAGUACGCGCUGUUCUUCAGGCGUGCCUGUUGUCUUGGGCAGUGGCGCGGUUGCUGUCUGUUGUCGGGAUGUGCCAGCGAGGUAGGUCGUCGGCCGCUAUCGUUAGUUCAUCAGGCAUCCAAGCACCGCCUCGAUCACUGACCACAUGAACAUCAAGCCCACAUUUUGCAAAUCACCAUCUGCACCCCGCAUCGAGAGGCUGGAGAAAGAGGACAGAAAAAAAGGAAGCGAGAGAAAAGUUGUAGAGAUGCAUUCGAUGGCCGGCAGGCCGAAUUGUCUCCCUCUCAGUCGUCAAUGGCCAUUCUGUGUCGGCGGAGUUGUUGAGCAGAAGGAGCGGACGAAGAUCCAAACAAGACGCGAUCGAACGCCAUCCCGUCGCGUCUCACCGCGCUCCUACCGAAAAUGGAAAGGUUACGGCCAAACCACGGCAGGGGUCCCACGAGCUCGCCAGGCUGCCAGCACAGCAAAGCCCACUCUUCAAAGCAAACAUCCCAUCACAAGACCUCUUCCUCGGCGUCUAUAUCUGAAUUUUUGUCCAAUGACUUGCACCUUCUCAUCCUCAUCCUCGUGCUGGACGCCGUUGCUCACCGCUACCAUCAGCUAUGCCGGCAUCCGACACCCAUCAUGAUUACGGCACCACCCAAUUCACCUACCUAUUUAUAUCUUCGACCAUUCUUGCACGCUUACCAAGGCA